AUGUGCAAGUUAGACAUACUUCAUGCCUAUGGGCUGCGGCCAGAUCUCGGACCAUCAUUCUCAGCGCCCCUUAGUAGCACAAGCAACAAUUUGGCGUCCUCGAAUCUUCUUUCCGGCUCCCCGCCAGAUAUUCUUGUCUCCACAACCUCGCCUGACAGCAUAGGAGUCAGGCGACUUAUUUUGUCUCCUAAUGCUCUCGCUAGCCAAUCAUGUGCUGCCGUCACCAAUGCAAAUGACUGUAGCCCUGGAGGGGGAAGUAACGCCAGUUCAACUACAUUAACUACUGGCGCUGAUAACCACACAGUUGUCAGUGGUCAAGUUCCUGCAACUGGCUCGAUCACUUGUGUCAAUCCCCUUUUCGGAAUCCAGGGCCUCGAAAUGUACCACUGCCACUCAGUAUCCUACCACCAUCGACACAGAGCCUAUCAGCAUCAACACCUUCACCACCAUUAUCAUGGCACCCACCAUUCCAGGAGUGGUUUAUUAUCCUUGCCUCAUCCGGCUAUAUCUGAUCCACUUAAUGAACAAAACUCUUGCACCAUUGACCCAUCUGGAAUGUCUCUAGCUAUUUCAGCUGCGGCCACAAAUGUAAGUGCUGGCUCCAAUUCCACUACACUUUCUGGCGGACCCGGUCUAUUUGUCGAAUGUCCUCGCUGUACAAAGCCUCCUCCCAGUCCUUGCAUCUGCUCCUGUCCUUGCUUUCCCGACGGGCCAACCUCAUCGGCAUCAGUAAUAUCCCCGUCCUUAACGGAAUUGGCCCUGCAUCAGCGAUACCUGCCUUCCAGCUCCAGCAACUGCGGGGGCAGGUGCUGCGAAAUCGCGGUUGAUGAUUCCAGCCCAAGUUUUACUCAACCAGCAACGCAGCAGCGGUCAGUUACUAGCCCGUACUCGGUGUGUCGACGGCUACCCGUUUGCUGUCACUGCUCCUCAAACCAGUCACUCGAGGCAUCUGUUUCUGACCCGCACGGUAGGGCCAGCAAUGGCCUCGGCUUGACAACCGAUGCCGGGGCCUGGCCAAUGCUGACACACCGACCAAGCCGAAAGAAUUUAAACCAGAUUACUGGGCUGGGUUGUGGUAUCGAUGAGAUUAAAAUGGCGGAAAGAAUUAAAAUAGCUGAGGUUGAGGAUGAGAAAAAAGGAAAUGAAAGCUUUACUUCAACAGAACUAGAGGAUUCAGAUGCAAAGGUGAUGGAAACGAAAGAUGAAGUAGUAGGAGAGAAACACAAGAGAGUGAUUGUCCGACGAGGAUGGCAUGAUGGCUGCUCUACUAAGUUAAAGGAUUGCCUCUUGCGUCAGCCGAAUUGCCGGCCCCCGGCUUCCGUUCCUCUAACGGACACAGAAUUGCAUGUACGUAUGCCGCAUAUAGUUAUAACUAAUUAUACGGGCCAUGAAUAG